CGAAGGCUUCCCGCAGGCCUGGGCCUUUUGUUGAGCACACUCUCAGCUGACUGACUGAUCUCAGAUUCAACCUUCCAGUGAAAAGCCACAUUUGGCUUUAUUCUCCAGAAAGCUGCUUGCCGGUUAGUAGUGGCUGGUAAUUUUUCCUAGGCUCAAGAGUCACCUGAGGGAUUCCACCAAGACAAGUAGGUACAAAAUGGAAUGCGCACAGUCUGUUCCUCCUUCACAGUCACCAAACGUCCACCUCAAACCAGAGACCGCCAUCAUGACGAAGGACCAGAAUGGAACCUGGGAAAUGGAGAGUAAUGAGAAUUUUGAAGGCUACAUGAAGGCCCUAGAUAUUGAUUUUGCCACCCGCAAGAUCGCAGUGCGUCUGACUCAGACGAAGAUCAUCACUCAAGACGGAGAUAACUUCAAGACGAAAACCAACAGCACAUUCCGCAACUAUGACCUGGAUUUCACCGUUGGGGUGGAGUUUGACGAACACACAAAGGGCCUGGACGGCCGGCAUGUCAAGACUCUAGUCACCUGGGAAGGCAACACCCUCGUGUGUGUGCAGAAAGGGGAGAAGGAGAACCGUGGCUGGAAGCAGUGGGUGGAGGGAGACAAGCUGUACCUGGAGCUGACCUGCGGCGACCAGGUGUGUCGACAAGUGUUCAAAAAGAAGUGAUGGGCACAGGGGAAACCUGGCAAACACAUGGAGUUCUCUGCCCAUUCUGGAAGAGCACAGGGACUCUCGGCUUCCAGACAGAGCCCCCUUAGGUCACCUACCUGGGUUUAAAAUACAGUGUAUUUUAUUCCCCCGCCCCCGAACCUGUUAUUAAAUAAAGAAACAAAAUGUCCUCUCA